UAUAAAGUCAAAGGGCUGCACAUAUGGGCCACAUUGACAGAGAGACUCCACACUCAGCAUCGGAUUGAAACACUGGAUGGUUAUUUUGGCCACUACUGGAGGAUUAUUGGUUUUGUGGAGCCCGGAGUCAUGGACAUGUACAUUUGGAUUUCCGCGUUGUCAGUGAUGUCCUCCUGGAUUAUGUGCGCAGUGCUAUCGGCCCCAGCUCCACGGACACCCACUGCCUCCCCCGACACGCAGCCGCGGCGCCAUGUGCGCACCAAGCGCUGCUCCUGCGCCACUUUCCUGGACAACGAGUGCGUCUACUUCUGCCACCUGGACAUCAUAUGGGUCAACACUCCCGAGCGCGUGGUCGCGUACGGACUGGGCAGCGCUCCCAGGACGAGGCGCGCGCUCUCGGAUCCACGCUGCCAGUGUCUGCGCCAAAACGACACGACGUGCAGAAACUUCUGCCGGCCGGAGAGCCCCCCCAGGUACGAGACGUCCUCGGACACGGCGAUCCGCGCCGCCGAGGCCGGCGCGUGCGCGGGGCCGCAGUGCAAACACAAGCUGGCGGGCGACUCGGGCCCCAUGAAAAGGAUGAAGAGCGGCAUCAAGGAGCGGGUCUCGCCUGUGGCCAUCAGGGCCCCCCCGAGUCUGCUGCUCAGGAAGUGGAGGGAGAGGCAGCGCCACCGGUCGAGGGCGUGGGAGGGCGAGGGCACGGCCUCCUAAACCCCACGGGUGACCUGGGGAUGGGGGGGGGUCAUUAUCCCUUCACCCGAAACACCCCACAGACACACAAGGAGAGCCUCGCGGUGCUGGAGCAGGGAACCCUCAGAAGACACCAAGGACGUUCAUCUCGCAGGGGUCACUGUCACCCCCUUUGGACUCAAAAAGAACGGAUUACUGGAAGGAUUUAAGGUGAAUCCCUGUUGCAGGAAACGGAAACCACUGCGCUGUGUAUGGAUGAAGGCGGUCCUUAAUAUUAUAUUUCAAAAUGUAAUUGUUAUACAAGAUAGUGUGUGAUAGGGUGGAUGACGUGCCUUUAUGCAAGGCACUUUACCACUGACUGAAACCUCUCCUCCAUGUCUAGUCUUUGUAGCUGUGCCGUACACUAGCUGCUAGGACCGUGGUCAUGCUGGUGUUAUCAAAGAUAUCGUAAUUUAAUGAUUUUCACUAAAUAUGUACGUGUUCCAUUUAUUUAUUCUUUCCACACAUUGUAAUGUGAUGGCCAUAUUGGUCCAUCACAUUUUGGGGUUUGUCAUUUCUAUGAAAUGUUGUUAUAAGUUGCCAAGUUUUGGCCAUACUGAAAUAAAAUUUGUAAACCUUUUUAUUUAAAAAAAAAAACAAAAAAAACACUGUUGAACUCCAUCAUUAUUGUCUUUUGUAUUGUCAGUCAUGUGCAAUGAAUCGAGUCUCUGAAGCUAAACUGGAAUGCUGACCUGAGAAAAGAUGUCAUCAUCCAACAGAGGAGCCAUGAAAUGCUUAUUGCAGAUACGGUGUCAUUCAGCCGAACCUUAGAGCAUCCGCAGAGAUCUUUAAUUCAUAAAGGAGCUUUCAGUAAAUCUCUCAUCCGGGAGAGGAAUUCUCACUGUGUAAAAGUCCGAACUUCGGAGAAACAAAGUGAAGUAUUUAUUUAGAAAUGAAAUAAAAGAUAUGAAGCUUAAAAUAAAAUAUCUA